AUGGGUCGCGGGCGGCGUCCAAACCUCGCGCUUGAGCCCACGCGCGCGCUCCAGACCCAGCGCGCCUUCCGACAGCGCAAGGCAGAACACCUCGCCAGCCUCGAGGCGACGGUGAAAGAGCUCACCGACGAAAACGCACGUCUGCGACAGCUCCUCCAGCGCGAUGCUGUCUCGCCCGGCCACAGCAGGUCACCGCGCCUCACCACCAAUCCAAUUCCAGCACACCCCGCAGCAGUCGCAAGUGGUUCGCGAUCCUCUUCGUCGUCGACAUCGGCGUCGACACCCACAUCGCUGCCCACGGCUACGUGCGAGAGUUGUGCACCCAUCCUGCACGCCAACCGUCAGCUGGCGGUAGCAGCCACCCACGUCGACGCGCACAUGGCACAGCUCCAACACGCCGUCAAGUCGCUCCGCUCCGUGCUGGUACACCACAACAUCCCCGUCCCCGCACAUCUCCUCGAGCCGCCCAACGAUGAGGCGUAUCGCCACUCCAAACGCAUGCGCUACGAGCCAGGCGCGCAUCAAGACCAUGCAUCGCCUGCAGCUUCGGGCGUACACAUGACAGCCAGCUACUUUGCGCCGGGCGAAUCUUGGCACGAUCCAGCCCAACGCAGAAGCGUCCCCGCAUCGCACGCAUCUCCGGCGUGGCACACGCCCAGUCCGGGCUCGAUACUCGCCGCGCCCACACCGCCAUCAGCAGGGUACAGCCCGCGGCAUUCUGGAGCGUUUAGUCCACCAGCGACUGAGGCGAGAACGCGGCGGACGGCACGACAGAGCUCGACGGGGAGGUUGCCGCCAGCCUCGCCGCGGUAUACUCAGCUGCCGCCACUGGCGCCGUUUGUGGAGCGCGAAGAGAGGUCGAGAGCCGAGGCGUUGCACGCCGGCGCGCGCAAUCCUCCGUCGGGCUCGAGUCCCGCCUAUGUCGGUUCACCGUUCAGAAACGCGGCACCGCUGCACUCGCCACGCGUCCGGUCCGUCGCCUCACCACGCCCGCCAGAACCACACCUCUCAGAACCCCCCAAAGCCGCGCCAGCAUCCGAGCCAAAUCCGUGCGGCAGUGCAGGCAAGCCCGGCUGCUGCUCCAAACUCGACGCGCCGCCCGCCCGACCCGAACCAAAGGAUUGGCUACCCGCUCCACUCGGCAUCUCGUUCGACAUGCGCACCACCCCCACCAACGAUGCCAAGCCCAACGACCAGGACUGCUGUUUCGGUCUGGUCAAAUGCGACGACCAGGGUCGCAUCCUCAUUUAA